CAUGGAGACGCGUCGCGGCGUGAUGACGUAAAGACGCGCGGCGCGCAGUGACGACGUCACGUUGCCGUGGAACCCGCGACGCCAAAAGGGGGCGGGAUGGCCGAGAAAGGGAAAUCCCGCGGAGCCGGCGCCAAAUCCAAAGCGGACAAGUCACGAACGUCGGCCCGAGGCCAGGCCCGGCAGGCCAAGAAGGGGUCCCCCAAAACCCCCGGGCGCACCCCCCGCCAGCCCAGCCCGGGCCCGGAUGGGGAGGCGCCGCCGAGGGAGCCGCUGGACGUGCGGCCCAUCCUGGACGAGCUCCUGGAGCGGGUGUUGAGCGAGUGCGCGCUGGCGGCCGCGGCGCGGCAGCGGGUCCCCUUCACGGUGUCGCGGGCGCGGGACGCCAUCCUCUUUGUCGCUGAGUGGAAGUUCCUGGCGAGGGACGAGGGGGACCCGGCGUUCGAGGGGGACCCGGAGCCCGAACGAGACGGAGUCUGGAGCGAGGACGAGGAGCCCCAAACCUGUCCCCUGGACUCCUGGACACGGGGGGUGGUCUUCGUGGAUGACGAGAGCUCCCUGUCCUCGGAUGAGGGCUCGUUCGAGGAUCUCCCCGCGACAGCCGAGGCUGAAAGUCCGCUCGUGUGUCCCGACACUGUCCCCGACACUGUCCCCGUCCUGGUUGUCCCUGUGUCCCCGGAGCAGGUCCCCGCCGCAGCGGCCGCUCAGGAUCUCGGCGCCGACAUCGCCGCUCCCGUGCCAGGGCCGCCCUCCCCGGAGCCGCCUGUCGCUUCCCGGUCCCCGGAGAGGGUUCGCCGCCUCUCCCGGGACCCCGCGAGGGGUGGCAUCCUCUCCAAGCCUCCCGGGAGGAGCCGCCGACCCUCCCGGCCCCCGCGGCCCGGGCCGGCCCCGCUGGACGCGCCCCGACCCCGGGCCCCGCCGCCGGCCGCGCCCUCGGAGCCCCCAGCGCAGGCAGCACAGGCGUCCGCCGAGGGCACGGCGAGUGUUGGCCACCAAGCGCCACCGCCGCCGCCCUCCGCCCGGCCCAGCCUGGCGCCGAUGCAGCCGCGCAGAGCCUCCCGCGGCACCGGGGUGCCCAGGCCGGGCCCCCGCCGCGGUGCCGCUCUCCGGGUGCUGCCCGAGGUGAAGGUGGUGGACGUGACCGAUCAUCCCGGGACCCGGGAGGGUCCCCAGGGCCCAGCCGGAGCUGUGUGA